AUGUUUUACAUGUUAUUGACAUUGGUAGUCUUAUACUUGGUUUCGUCUGAAGCUACUGCUAUAAAUAAUCAAUUUCAAGUGGUGUCACUCGAUUUGAAAAGAGAUCUUAAUAAUCAAAAGAGAGAUGGUUUUGUUGGGACUGCUGAUCUUACUCACGAAGCUUAUUACUCAGUUGAAGUAGAAGUUGGUUCAAAUAAAGACAAGAUUUUAGUUGCCUUUGACACUGGUUCAAGUAAUGCUCAUAUUCCGGAUAAAAAUAUAAUUUGCAAUGGCAAUUGUGUUAAAUGGGGUGUUUUUGAUGCUAAUUCAUCAACUACACUACAGAGAUUCGAAAUGAACGUCACAAGUGCUUAUGGUGGUGGUAGUUACAGCGCUAGACGUGCAGGUCAAUUAGUUACGGAUGACUUUACAAUUGGUGACAUAUCAUUGAAACACUUUCCAUUUGUUGACGACAACUAUGCAAAAGAUGUAUUUCAAGGAAUAUUGGGAAUGGGACAUUCGACCCCAAAAGAAAGAAAUGUUGCUUGGACAGCUUUUGAACAAGGUGUUAUUAGUAAACCAGCUUAUUCAUUCUAUAUCGGAGACUCUGAUUUUCCAGGUCAAGUUCACUUAGGCGGUUAUGAUGCGGCAAAAUUAGAUGGUGAGUUUAGUUGGACAUCAAUUAAGGGUUCAAAUAUUGGAGCUCGCGGAAACUAUAUGAUCGUCAAUGGUAAGAAUAUUACGAUUGAUAAAAGAUUUACUGUUGAUUCUGGUUGGGAUAGAGGUUGUAUACCAGAUCCAGCAUAUUCUGAGUUUUUCACUGCGUUCCCUGACGAGCAAGCAUACAAUCAGGUGCAUCAUAGAUUAAAUUGUACUGCUUUAAAAGGUAAGACAUUUCAAUAUUCCAUAAAUGGUAGAGAAUUAACUUUACCUAUGAAAUCCUUAGUUUCACCUGGUCAAACAGGUGAACAAUGUUAUACAUCGUUUACGAACUGUUCUACCCCUCAAUUGGGUGCUUUUUUGUUCAGAUACAUGUAUGUUGCCGUUGAUUUCGAAAGGGAUGUAAUUGGUUUUGGUCAAUUAAAACAAAGCAGUGAAACAAAUCUUGUUUCAUUCUAG